CUUUGAGCAAAGCAUUGAAGCACUCAUAUAUACCUCUACCUAUCCUCUCUAAUGGAACCUUUUUUGUAUUACUCCCUUUUCACAAUUAUUGUUGCCUUCAUCAUUAUCAUCACUCUCACCAAGACAAACACAAGCCACAGUAAUAAGAAGAACCUUCCACCAUGUCCACCAACACUUCCCAUAAUAGGCAACCUACACCACUUGAAGCCCCGUCUCCACCGAACUUUUCACGCUCUUUCCCAAACCUACGGCCACAUUUUCUCUCUCUGGUUCGGCUCUCGCCUUGUCGUCGUUGUGUCCUGUCCAACCCUAGCCCAACAAUGCCUCACCAAAUACGACACCGUUUUGGCAAACCGCCCUCGUUUUCUCACCGGAAAGUACCUCUUUUAUAACCAUACCAGCUUGGUGUUCUCUUCCAACAACGACCACUGGCGCAACCUUCGUCGUAUAGCCACCAUGGACGUCCUCUCGACGCCCCGUCUCAACUCCUUCUUCGAAACUCGAAGGGACGAGGUCACCAGGUUCAUAAGAAACCUGGUGGCAGACACGUCCAUGGGGUUCGCUAGGGUGCAACUGAGGCCCAGGAUAACGGAGAUGUCACUCAAUAAUAUGAUGAGGAUGGUCUCCGGAAAGAGGAAUGAAUAUGGAAAAGACGACUGCAACGCCAGGGAUGACAACGGAGCAGGACGGUUCAGAGAGAUCAUCAGAGAGAUCCUGUCGUUGGUGGAUGCGAACAAGAGCGACUUCUUGCCUUUGCUUAGGUGGUUUGAUUUUGAUGGAUUUGUGAAGAGAUUGAAGAGGGUUGGUGAAGAAGCUGACAUGUUUUGGCAAGGACUCCUUGAAGAACAUCGCAAUGGGGAGCAUGGUAAUAACGAUACCAUGAUACAACAUCUCUUGCUUCUUCAAAAAUUGCAACCUGACUACUACACGGAUCAUAUUAUCAAAGGCCUUAUUCAGGAUAUGUUGCUUGCUGGAACAAACACAACGGUUAACGGUUUGGAGUGGACGUUAUCCGCUUUGUUGAAUCACCCAGAGAUACUGAGGAAAGCAAAGGAUGAAAUUGACAAUCACAUAGGCAAAGAUCGUUUAGUAGAUGAAUCAGACAUUCCAAAACUUCCUUAUCUUCAAAAUAUUAUCCAUGGGUAUAUAAGAAUAUGGUGA